GUAGUUUCAGUAUAUGAUGAUGUUCAGGCCCCAGUUAGUGACCGGGAAUAUAGAGCAACUCUUCCUCAAACAGCAGAAAUGAUUGACUUGGCUUCAUCCAUGAUUCAAGAAGGCCGAGCGACAGAUUUAAUGCCAAAGGAAGCAAAUCCAGAUGCCCCAAUAACUGCCUAUAGGUAUCAUUCUCUUUGUGCAUACAUGGGUGAUGAUGAUAUGUUCAGUUCAGAUCUUAGUGAUGACCAACUGAAAAUGAGACUUGGUCACAUGGCAAAUACACCUUGUCAGGUCAUCUUUUCCAUGGCUGACGAGUAUGUACCUGAGUAUGUUGAUAAGAAAGCAUUGGUGGAAAAAUUAUGCAGAGCUAUGGGGGGAGCAGAGAGAGUUGAAAUUGAAUGGGGAAACCAUUCCCUCUCAAACAGGGUCGCAGAAACAGUAGAGGCCAUGGUAGACUUUGUCAAAAGAGAGGGACCCAAAGGUUGGGAUGACCCAUGGAGCUAAUAUAAGCUUGCCCCUUUU